AGCUAUCCAACAUCAGCAUAUACGUUACGCCCCAGUCCAACAAGUGCCACGUUGCGAACAACACCAAUCUCUCUCCCUCCUACGCAUGAUGUCCGGCGCAAACGGAAGCGGCGAGCUUGACGAGACCAGUUUCCAUGGGCCCGAAAUCAAGGAAUACAACAUCGAUCUCAGUGACAACUAUGACAGACCUAAGCGUACAUCCGAGAUCAACGAACGGGUGUACGAACGCUACUCCGUUCAACACAGGGAGGACAUGGAGAAGCCACAUAGCGUCGAGCGGAUAAAACUCCCGCUACCCAAGGACCUGUACCCAGGUUUUCGGAUAGAGCUGCAGAGCAAGGUGACUGGGGAGAUCGGUUUCCAGCUGAUCAAGGCGGGGUACACUCGGGCUCAGCGAGUGGAGUUCCUGAAGAGGGAAUUCCCGGAAGCGUCGUCGAUGAGAUUCCCCGCUUUGAGCCUUGUUGACAGAGCGAUGUUUCCUGGCGAGGAGAAGUCGCAUCAACGGCCUCAUAUUCCUAUGCCCAACCGUAAGGAGCGCCAAGUGAAGACGACUCUCGUGGACGUGAUCGCAAACAUACUGAAGAAACAGCACGACUGGAUGAAAGCUUUAGUGGGACUCUUUCCGUGCCUUUGGGUGGAGACAUCACUCUAAUACUGGGACAUACAGAGAACUGCGGAAUACGUCCAUUUGUGGGAGACACCGCAUCCGGUGUGGGUCGAAUGGAAGAAGAGC